AUGCCAACAUAUGUCAAAUUUUUUAAGGACAUCUUGACGAAGAAGAGAAUAGUCAGUGAGAAGGAAGUAAUAGCACUAAUGCAGGAGUGCAAUGCGUUAGUAAGCAAUAGUCUACCAAAGAAACAGAAGGACCCUGGGAGCUUCACAGUUCCUUGUUCGAUAAGAGGAUUGGAUGUGGGUCAUGCGUUGUGCGAUCUAGGAGCUAGCAUUAAUCUCAUGCCACUUUCAAUUUUUAAGAAAUUGGGGAUUGGCAAAGCACAACCUACUUCUGUUACUCUUCAGCUCGCUGAUAGAACAAUUAAGUACCCAGAAGGGAAGAUUAAAGACAUUUUGGUGAAGGUUGGCAAUCUCAUAUUCCCAGCAGACUUUAUUAUCUUGGACUAUGAAGCAGAUAGGAAGGUACCAAUUAUCCUUGGACGCCCCUUCUUAGCUACUGGGAAAGUUUUAAUUGACGUGCAUAAAGGCGAAUUAACUAUGCGCGUGGGCAAUGAGGAGGUGAAGUUUAAUGUGCUCAACGCAUUAAAGUUCCCAGAUAGUGAAGAUUGUCAACUAAACAGUAUUGAGUUGCCUGAAGAAGAGACUGAUGUAUGUGUGGUCCUUGCAUUGGAGGAGAACCUAGAAGAAUCAGAGCCGCCAAGUCUGAGUGAGCAGUGGACAAAACCAACGCGUCCAUCACUUGAAGAACCACCAGAACUCGAGUUGAAGCAGUUACCUGGAUACUUGAAAUAUGCAUUCCUUGGAUCCAACAUCACUUUACAUGUGAUCAUUUCCGAAAAUAUUACAGAGCCUAAUGAGCAAUCUCUCUUGCAGAUGCUGAAAAAGCACAGGCGUGCAAUAGGAAACUCAAUGCAGCAACUAAGAAAGACCACUUCCUCCCUUCCUUUCAUCGAUCAAAUGCUUGACAAACUUGCGGGCAAAGAAUUUUAUUGCUUUCUCGAUGGAUACUCUGGUUACAACCAGAUUCUGAUAGAUCCGAAAGAUCAGGAGAAGACUAUGUUUACUUUUCCCUUUGGAACAUUUGCAUUCAGACGCAUGCCCUUUGGGCUGUAA